CCCGCCCCUUCAGCGCUAUGGAAACUGAAAGCGCGGCGAGGCUCGGCUGCUGACGCGGUAGGGCUGCCGGACACUAUUCUGUGUAUUCAAAGCUAGAACUGAAUUUUCCACCUUGUACUGACCCAUCAAGCUCUGUCCAGAACUGCUCAGUGAGGAGUCCUAGCCACCUGGAGCCAUUGUGAGCGCAGAGAUGAGUCGCAUCAACUCAGGGGAUGAUGAAGAUACCUUCAAAAUCUUGGUUGCCACUGACAUUCACCUUGGGUACUUGGAGAAGGAUCCUGUGCGUGGAAAUGAUACUUUUGUAACUUUUGAUGAAAUUUUGAGACAUGCUCAACAAAAAGAAGUGGAUUUUAUUUUAUUAGGUGGAGAUCUUUUUCAUGAAAAUAAACCAUCCAGAAAAACAUUACACAACUGCAUUGAAUUAUUAAGAAAAUACUGCAUGGGUGAUCAUCCUGUACAAUUUGAAAUUUUGAGUGACCAGUCAGUCAAUUUUGGUUUUAGCAAAUUUCCAUGGGUGAACUACCAGGAUGGGAAUCUCAACAUUUCUAUUCCAGUUUUUAGUAUUCAUGGCAAUCAUGAUGAUCCCACAGGGGCAGAUGCAUUGUGUGCAUUGGAUAUUUUAAGCAGUGCAGGAUUGCUGAAUCAUUUUGGACGCUCAUCAUCUGUAGAGAAGAUAGACAUUAGUCCCAUUUUACUCCACAAGGGAAGCACAAAAAUUGCUCUAUAUGGAUUAGGAUCUAUACCAGAUGAGAGGCUAUAUCGAAUGUUUGUCAAUAAGCAGGUAACCAUGCUGAGACCAAAGGAAGAUGAGGAUAAUUGGUUUAAUUUGUUUGUAAUUCAUCAGAACAGGAGUAAACAUGGAGCCACCAAUUACAUUCCAGAGCAGUUUUUAGAUGACUUUAUUGACCUUGUUAUUUGGGGUCACGAACAUGAAUGUAAAAUAGCUCCAACCCGAAAUGAACAGCAACUUUUCUAUGUAUCUCAGCCUGGAAGUUCAGUGGUUACUUCUCUGUCGCCAGGGGAAGCUAUAAAAAAGCACAUUGGUUUGCUGCACAUUAAAGGCAAAAAAAUGAAUAUGGAGAAGAUUCCUCUUGAAACAGUACGAAGUUUCUACAUAGAGGACAUUGUUCUUGCUGAUCAUACAGACAUUUUUAACCCAGACAAUCCAAAAGUAACACAAGCAGUACAAGCAUUCUGUAUAGAAAAGGUUGAAACACUGCUGGAUAAUGCGGAAAGAGAGCGUCUGGGAAAUCCACGCCAGCCAGAAAAACCUCUCAUAAGAUUACGAGUUGAUUACAGUGGAGGUUUUGAACCGUUCAGUAUUCACCGUUUCAGUCAGAAGUUCAUGGAAAGGACAGCUAACCCAAAGGACAUUAUACACUUUUUCAGACAUCGUGAACAAAAAGAGAAAAAUGAAGAUGAGAUUAAUUUUGGAAAGCUCAUUAGAAGACCUGCUUCGGAGGGGACAACCCUGAGAGUGGAAGACCUUGUGAAGCAAUAUUUCCAGACAGCAGAGAAGAAAGUACAGCUUUCACUCUUGACUGAAAGAGGAAUGGGUGAAGCAGUGCAGGAAUUUGUUGACAAAGAAGAGAAAGAUGCUAUAGAAGAGUUGGUGAAAUUUCAAUUAGAAAAAACUCAAAGGUUUCUUAAGGAACGUCACACCGAUGCAGAGGAGGCAAAAAUAGAUGAGGAGGUGCGAAAAUUUAGGGAGACCAGAAAAGAGAAUAUUGAAGAGGAAGAGGAAGAAGUUCGUGAGGCUAUGACCAGGGCUAGAGCUCACAGAUCUCAUGAGGCUGCUCUUGCCUCUGGUUCUAGUGAUGAUGAUCUUAUGGAUAUGGGAAUGUCAGAACAAAAAAACAAUGAUGAUUCAGAUGCUGGCACCUCUGUAUCAUUCAGCAGAGGAAGAGGUCGAGGAAGGGGUCAGGCAAGAGGUGGAAGAGGGCAAAUCUCAACAUCAAGAGGAGCCUCUCGAAGAGGAAGAGGAAACACUACCCAAGAACAGUCUAAUAGCAGUAGAAGUUACAAGCCUGUGUCUACUCCUACCAAGAAUAUGUCUAUCAUAGAUGCCUUUAAAGCUGCCCGACAACAGCCCUCUCGGAAUUCAUCUGCUAAGAAUUACUCAGAGGACAUUAUAGAUGAUGACUCUGAUGUAGAAGAAGUUUCUUUUACUGCUGCUUCCAAAGUUACUCAAAGGUUGUCAAGCAUGUCUACAUCCAGCAAAAGGAGCUCACAAAGCCAAAUAACUAGAGGGGUUGACUUUGAAUCAGAUGAGGAUGAAUUUGACCCCUUCAAGAGCACUGCUACUUCCAGAAGAAAGCACAGAUGAUUCUGGAUUCAUUAUAUAAAAUCACA